AAAGCUCGAAAGCUCGUUCACAAACACACACACUCCUCCCCUAACAAAAAUUCUAGAGAGAGAGAGACACACCCGAAGCUUCACUGCACGAGAGAGAUAACACAAAUACACAGCGUUGCGUAACGCAAAUUCCUAACGUUACGUUGCGAUUAGGGUUUCUACAUGAUCACCUCAUCUUAAUUACUCUAGUUCCCCCCUCUCUGUUUCUCCGUGUUUCACCUCAAAACCCUAAUUUUAGCGAUCUCAAUUACUCAAUUUGGUUGAAUUGAAGUGUUAAUUGCGUUUCGUACGAGUGGAAUUGGGGCUUCUGAUGGGCGCACAAGAGAAGUCGCCGUCUUCGACUAGUUCGAUGCAGCGUGUAAAGUACUAUCGCUUGAAUGAGGAUGGGAAAUGGGAUGACCAAGGAACUGGGCAUGUAACCGUGGAUUAUCUAGAGAGAUCAGAAGAGCUGGGUUUAUUUGUGGUUGAUGAGGAUGACAUUGAAACAUUGCUACUGCACCGUAUAAGAUCAGAAGACAUAUACCGGAAGCAAGAAGAUACAAUAAUAUCUUGGAGAGAUCCUGAGCAUUUAACUGAGGUUGCUCUCAGCUUUCAAGAAACUACUGGAUGCUCAUAUAUAUGGGACCAAAUUUGUAGUGUGCAAAGGAGUCUGCAGUUCAGUACUCUUACUAACGAGACAUAUCAUACUAUCCACAGUGAACUCAAGGAUCUACCUCCAGUUGAGCUGUCUACGCUCCCUUCGAUACUCAAGGCUGUGGUUGAGAGCAGCAACGCUGACCAGUGCCGUGUAGUGGAACUCAUAUCACAUGACCAAGAUUUUUUCCGCAAGCUAAUGGACCUGUUCAGGAUCUGUGAAGAUUUAGAAGAUAUUGAUGGUCUUCAUUUGAUAUUCAAGAUAGUCAAAGGAAUCGUUUUACUAAAUUCUGCCCAGAUAUUUGAGAGAAUAUUCGGAGAGGAGUUGAUCAUGGACAUCUGUGGAUGCCUUGAAUAUGACCCUGAGUUGCCUCAUGUCCAUCAUCGUAUUUUUCUUAAAGAGCAUGUGGUAUUCAAGGAGGCUAUACCUAUUAAGGAUCCCCAGGUCUUGUCAAAGAUUCAUCAGACGUAUAAAAUUGGUUACCUAAAGGAUGUUGUUCUACCCAAAAUUUUAGACGAAGCUACAACUGCAAGCCUAAAUUCCAUUAUUCACUCAAAUAAUGCAUAUGUUGUUUCUAUGCUGAAAGACGACACUACCUUUAUCCAAGAAUUAUUUGCGAGGAUGAAAUCUCCUGAAACCCCUGCCGAAUCAAUGAAGAAUCUGGUGUUCUUCCUGCAUGAGUUUUGUAAUCUAAGCAAGAGCCUGCAGAUGGUGCACCAACUUCGACUAUAUAGGGAUUUCUUGAACGAAGGAAUCAUCGACAUAAUUACUAAUAUUUUGCAGAGUCAAGACAAAAAGAUUAUAUUAACUGGGACAGACAUCUUCAUUCUUUUUUUGAAUCAAGAUUCAAAUCUCACUCGUUCUUUUGUCACUAGGAAGGAAGGGGUCCCUCUUCUUGGACUUCUGGUGAAAGGGAUGCUUACAGAUUUUGGAGAUGAUAUGCAUUGUCAGUUUCUCGAAAUUCUACGCAGUCUCUUGGAUUCAUACGCAUCAGGAUCACAGAGAGAUACAAUCAUCGAGAUUUUUUAUGAGAAGCAUUUGGGUCAACUAAUUGAUGUGAUUACAUCGUCAUGUCCUCCGAGUAGCUCUGGUCAAACAAUUAGCAGAUCUGCUGGUGUACAACUUAACAGUGCGAAACCUGAAAUACUUCUAAACAUCUGUGACCUCCUAUGCUUCUGUGUUUCACACCAUCCAUUUAGAAUCAAGUGUAACUUCCUACUUAAUAAUGUCAUAGAUAAGGUUUUGUUACUUACUCGAAGAAGAGAAAAGUACUUGGUAGUCGCUGCUGUUCGAUUUAUCCGAAUUCUUAUCUCUCGCAAUGAUGAUCAUCUAUUUAAUCAUAUUGUGAAGAACAACCUUCUAAAACCAGUUAUAGAUGUUUUUGUUGAUAAUGGUAGUCGAUACAAUUUAUUGAACUCUGCUGUGCUGGAGUUUUUCGAACAUGUCCGGAGGGAAAACUUCAAGAUUCUAAUCAAGUAUAUAAUUAAUUCCUUUUGGAGUCAGUUGGUCAACUUUGCGAACUUUUCCUCAAUCCAGUCCUUAAAAGUUAGAUAUGAUCAGUCCCUGGAGAGCUUGGGUGAAAAAGGUUCAAACGAUGUGUUGGAACCGAGAAGGCGAAUAGAUGAACGGGCUCUGGAGAAGGAAGAGGAAGAUUACUUUAAUGAAGACAGUGAUGAGGAAGAUUCAGCAUCAGCACCGGCACCAGCACCGGCACCAAUUUCUCGUGGGAACAGGAUCCGUGUUCAACCUCAUGUAUCAAAUGGGUCUGUGCCUAGUUCAGUGAGUUCAAGAGUCGGUGGACUUGUUGACUAUGAUGAUGAUGAAGACGACGAGGAUUACAAACCACCGCCUAGGAAACCAUCGGAAGUGACUGAUGAAGAUGAAGGAAUACUGGAUCCCCUCAGGUUAAAGCGAAAAUCGGACUCCAAGGAGGAUAUUGAGAUGGUUAAAAGGCAACGUGUGAACAGAAAUUCGAAGUCAAAAGAUGGCGUUUUAGCUGCACUUUGCUCUACGUUGAGUAAGAAAGUAGCCAGUGCUGUACACAUUUUGCCCCACUCCCCAAAUUCGAGCAACAAGUCGAAUGAUAUUAAUAAAGGGGAGAAAGGAUCUCUAGUCUGUUCCAGUGACACUCUUAGUUCAGAUGUAAGAAAAUCAGAAGAUCGACAGUCAGAUGUCGAGAAACUGGGAAAUCAUCCAAGCAAGGAGUCACCUUGCCUGCAAAGUUGUGACGAAAGCUUGCACAGUACCCCUGAAAAUAGUCAUCAGAACGGGGACGACUGCCCUUCAAUACCAUCAAAACCAUCAGCCGAGAUGGCUGUUAAUGGAUCUUGAGCUAAUUUAAAGCUUGCGAGUUUAAACCUGUGGUAUUUAAUCUGGUUAUGUGCAUCGUGGCUGUGCUACUACUGGUACGACCCUCUGGCAAUAUUGAUCAGUUAUUUAAAGCAUGGUGAUGCAUUCUAAGUUCCCACCUGCCCUCAGUGAUGAUAUUGUAUAGGGCUUCAUUAGAUCGGUAAAAAGCAGGAUCCGGAUUUCUUCGAGUCUGUCAUCAUUAAGUCAUCUGAAGCUUGUAGCUUUAUAGCAUAUGUAAACCUCUGGUAGCAAGACUUCUGAAUUUUGUUAAUUCUCAUUCUCCAUGCAUAGACAGAUAAUCUUCGGUUUUACCUGACUGAUAUGUGAUAGUUAAAAGGGCAGGAAUACUGCCCGUCAGAGAUUUUCCCUUGUUGCAAUAUCUCUUUUGGUGGCGACCCUUGGUGUAACUAGGUGUUAGGUGAAUUGAACUGAUUUGAGCUUAAAAUUCAGUGAUCACUCACUGUAGUCAUAAACAAUUGUACAUUAUAAAUUAAAAGACAAGUUUAAGCAUGUACCGCAAAA